AUGGACAACACAACCACUAUUAACGACUUUAUACUUCUGGGACUUUUUGAACUGGAUACAUUUGGUUAUUUCUUUAGUGUCUUUUUUAUUGUUGUAUAUUUAGGAAUAAUUCUUCUCAGCAGCCUCAUUGCGUACAUUGUACGGACAGAAAAAAGCCUUCAUGAACCCAUGUACAUUCUCAUAUGUAAUCUGGUCCUUAAUGGAAUUUUCGGGAGCACCUCAAUCUUCCCAAAGCUGAUUGUGGACUUGAUAACCUCAUCAAAAAACAUUAGCCGCGUCUCCUGCCUUGUACAGAUUCAGUGUGUGACCACAUACAUCUUUUUUGAGAUCUCCACAUUUGCUGUCAUGGCUUAUGACCGAUAUCUUGCGGUCUGCCAUCCCUUACAAUAUGUCAACUUGAUGUCGCUUGAGAUGCUCUUGAAGCUCAGCAUUGGGUCUUUGGUCUUCUGCAUCCUCGCAGUUUUAGUAGCCGUGCUCCUCUCAGCCAGAUUGCCUCUUUGUGGAAGACACAUCAAGAGUGUUUUCUGUGACAAUGUGUCAUUUUUUGUUUUGUCCUGUGUAGACUCUUCGGUGAACAAUCUUUAUGGCACAACUAUAACUGUGGCCUACUUGUGUGUUUUGCUGCUUGUCAUUUUUUAUUCCUAUAUCCGAAUAUUUGUGACAUGUUGGACCGUUUCCAAAGAGGCCCAUAAAAAAGCCAUUCACACUUUGCUGACACACGUAAUUAACUUCUCGAUAUUCCUUAUGGGACUUUUAUUUGUCUUUAUUCGGCACAGGCUUGGCAGCAAUGGCCUCUCUCUCUCCAUCCACACUCUACUCUCUUUAUGUCUAGUGGUGGUUCCACCAAUUGCCAAUCCCUUCAUAUAUGGGGUGAGGACUAAAGCUUUACGAGACAAAAUUGGCCACUUUUUGCAAAGUAAAAAUGUUUUCUAA